UUUGGUUUUGCUCACAAUCUCCCCUCCCUGAGAAACAGCAAGCACCCAGCUUCAUUGUUUUUCUUGGUUCUCUCUGCAAUAGCAAUCAAGCAAGUUAGUCUAGCUUUCCUUUCAAACUCAUGAUCGAGAUUGUGCGUGAGUUUCUGGAAGCCCUUCAAGUCCUUUCCAUCCAAGUCCGUGCGUCAAGUCCUCCAAGAUCGAUCCAUCCAGUUGCCCUGCCCUCAAGGUCUCAAGUUCUGCCUCCAACAAGUUCUCGAAGCGUUCUGUACCAGCAUCACCAUGACCAACUUGACUCUCAGGAAUGUUCGAAGUCGCAAAUCGUUUCGUGCCAAGUCCAGCACCCUUGUCAUCAAUCCUCCACGCAAGUCUCAAGAAUGCCUUGAUGCCCUUGGCCGGGUGGCGGGCAUGGUGAAGGCAAAUCUCCCUGCUGAAGACAUUGUUCAUACUAUCCGUUUUUACCAAAACGAUUCUGAGCUUGGUUUUCCUUCCAUGACUCGAUUGUUCCAGGCGUCAACACCCUCUAUUGAUUUUAACACCUUCAAGUACCAAGCUGAAGAUGAUCCUGACCGUCUGGGUGGUUUCAUUGUGAAGUACUCUCAUGAUGCUCAGCCUCCAUUCUUACAAAGCCUCCCACAGGGCUCUGCAACGAUUAUUAUCGAAACCAUCCACCGUGGAGUCCUUGAUGGAAGCUUGCCAAAACUAUUCAAGAAGAAGCAGCUAGAGAAUUAUCUGAAGGCUCGACUUCAUUUUGAUAUCUCAAAGGAGUUGCCUUUGGCGCUACUGGCUCGCAAAAACCCCGACGAUGAUGUCUUUGUGACAAUGGACGACAUCGUUGAUAGUGGUCGGUACUUGGCUGCCUUGGACUACCUUGAAAAGACUGUUGGCUACCGGUAUGGGUUGUCUGUUGAAUGCAUCAAAGCUAUGACCCAGUUGGAGUUGUUAUCUGCCCUGACAGCGCAUGUGCAAAGCAACAAGGGAAAGCUUUCUGAAGGUGCUGCUUUGGAAUUCCUUGCCAAGAAGUUCCACUUUGAUAAUGUGCAGACCUUCUACAUCUGCUUCGAGGAUCACCCUGUGUAUAAAGCAAUCUCUUGUCCUUCUGGUCCCCUCCCAUCCGUAUCAAGUUCAACACCCCCAAUGGCAGAGAUCCUCAAUGACAAUGACAAUGACAAUGCACUAGACUCCAGCCGUUCCACUGUGGAGUCUGCUGACUAUCAACACAAUGGUGGAGAGCUUCGCUUCGUCAAUGGUGUUGUCGCAUACGAACACCAGCUACGUGAUGUUGUCAAAGGCAAACUUGUCCCUCUAACAAGCUGUGACAGCUGCUCAGAGUCUUUGGAGAAGAGUGACACUUUCUGCGCCCAGCACCAAAAAUCAGGAGCAAAAGAAAACAAAGUGUUCCUUGGCUGGCUGGAUGAACAAGUAAAGAAAGCCCAGCAAGAUGCCAAUCGUCCCCAAGAAGUCACCAGCGAUGGCAAAUAAAUGGCCUGGUACAGUACCACAAUGAUGGCGGGAUUGGCAACAACAACAUUAUUUAGCAUAACACUUGUAGCUGCUUGAACGUUUUGGUUGUGUUG